GGCUUCCUCAGGAAGACUGGCCACUGUUUAAGACAGAGAGUCAGAAGACUUUAGUACUGGGGGAGGAUGGCUCCUUCUACCACGAGAGAUUUGCCAACCCUGAACGAACACAGAUGCUGUACAACAUCCAUGCCUAUCAUCAUCAUGACAUCCUUAAAAAGAUGGCCCAGGAGGAGGAAGCACUUCAUGAUGAACUAUAAAAAUAAUACUAUAUAAUGUAUAAUAAUAUAAUUUAUUUUUAAAAUGCAGUAUUCAAGAACGUCAAAAUAAUUUCCUUGUUUGUUUUUGUAUAUGGUACUGUUUAAUGCUUUAAUAAUAGUGUUCCUUUAUUGAUUUGUCUAUCUCUGUUGCAUUAACUUAUUGAAGGGGAAGGGCAACAGCCUCAAUGUAAAAAACUAAAUACUGUAAUUUAAUGACAGGACUUUGGGAUACUAUGUCACUGAGGCAGUAAGGAGAGCUGUGAUACGAAAGGAUAUUAUUGGCCACAGAGCUAGUGU